UUUCAGGCUGGUUUCUCAUAACAUAGGAACCCGGCCUGAAAGCCUACCUUUUGCCUCCAAAAACUGCUGUCUGAGCCCCGAGGUGGAGGACAACGCCAAAUCGGAGUGGGCCGUAGCCGAACUGCGGUUGUACUACCUGCCAUUACGAAACCUUCUCAGAGAAUGUUCUGCAAACGUGGCUGUUUGCAGGCUUUCUGAUGAACCUCAGUGCCUCGCCGCAUGAUCUUGAAAAGAUUACAUCGCGAAGUUGUGUAGUCUGUUGUGGCACUCGCUAACUCCUGACCAUCACCUGUAAAAGUAAUAGCCCACAUGUCAAGACUUGCGCCCGAAGACAAUAUGCCUGCCGAUCUCACGUCUCAGAUUUCUGAGAAGUUGAAGCUCGCAUCUUUAUGUGUAUCUGGAUCCUUCGGCGUAGUUCAUCGGUGUACUAUCGAGACCAGCGAAGGCACAACAGAGGUCGCGGUGAAGGUGUUCAAGGUUGAUCUUGGGAGAGCUAUAGAGAAAAAUGAAAAGGCAAUGCGUCGGGAACUCCUGGUGUGGUUUAGACUGAAACACAGAACUAUUGUGCCGCUACUUGGCACCGCCUUGAUCGAAUCCCCAUUUCCGGCUCUCGUUUCCAAAUGGAUGCCAUCUGGGACAUUAUAUGUCUACCUUGAGGAAGCUACAAUACUUACAGCUUCCGCUAAAGUUGGAUUGACCAAGGGCGUUGCUGAUGGCCUCCAGUAUCUGCACUCGGAGAACGUCGUUCACGGAGACCUUCAUCCUGCAAAUGUGCUUAUAGAUUGUUCAGGAAAUCCGCGCUUGAUAGAUUUUGGUCUUGCAACAGUCGUAGGAGAUGCAGAGUUGCAGUUGUCCAUGACGACCGUGAGCCGCAGCUUGGAUCCUCGAUGGCGUGCGCCCGAAGUCAUUGGGAUCGAUUCUGAUCUUGACCCUGAACGACCGACUUUCAUGAGUGACAUCUAUUCUUUCGGUGGUAUCAUGUUUUUUGUGCGAUCUCAUUAUCUUUCUUGAACUUCAACCUAAGCUUUCUCUUCUCAGGUGAUCUCCGGGGAGAGGCCGUGGAAAAAGAAGCAACCGCAUCAUAUCUACGUUGAGCUGUCGAACAAAGCCAACCCUGCGCGUCCCGACAAUAUCCUAGACAAUCAUUGGGACUUGAUUCAAAGAUGCUGGUCUUGGAAUCCGAAGGAUCGCCCAAAGGCUAUUGAAGUGUUUGAAUCCAUAUGUAUAACUGGACUUGAAAUCGAAGAGUGA